UUUUUAUCAGUUUCAAAUCUAGCACAACCUAGCCUACAUAUUAUCAUCUAAUUAGCCAUUUUGCUAUCAUCUGACGCAGUUUUAGUCUUCUCGACAUUUGAUUUGUAGAAUAAUAGUUGUUUAUCAAGGAAAAAGCAAAGUGUUUUCUCCAUAUACUCGUUGUAAAGAGAUUGUCCCUUCAGCAAGGUCAAUUGCUUUCAAUUCCUAAUACAAACAAUCACUUCAUUGUUACCGUUAUUUCCAGCAGGAACAUCUCUCUUAGAGAUGUUACAUUCAUGUCAAAUAUCGCUGAUUAGGUAUGGUACUUGAACUUUAAAUUUAAAGAGUGCCUUCUGUACUAUUUGGUAACAUAGCAGAUAAAUUCAUGAAUCAACCUACAGAUGGAAAACAAGAAUGUUAUAGCAUUUUGUGAUUAUAUACUGGGGUUGUUUGUUGCAAAAAAACAACGGAAAUUCUGCUGGAAAUGGUGGCAUUAUGGAGACAUAUUUGCAAUAGAGUCAUGCAUCAGAACCACAAGAUAAUUUGGCAAUUCAAUAAGAUACCAAGGCCACAGAAAUUAUUGGUUGGUGGUCAAUACACUAAAACACUUGGACUGGUUGUUAAGAAGGCAUGCGAGGGCCUUUGAUGAGGCACAUGAGGUCUUGGUGGCGUUAUUGGUCCUUGGAGGAUCAUGAGCGAUCCGUCUAUGAAAAUCUGGUUUAGUGUUCUUAGUAGUUCCACUCCUCCAUGUCAAUGGUUAAAAAAAGAAAAAAAGAAAAAAAAAAAGAACCUAAAACUUGAUCCUGUUUUUCACAAGCUAAUAUUUGUUGUACGUUCAGGAAAAGAGUUAUCCUUCCGCGGAAAAGGAACUCCUUUAGGGAGGGUAAUGCCAUGACAGAUAGGUUAUAUUAAGGGUACAAUAGGGACUUUCGGAAUUCAACGGCAUGUUAGCUAUUGGAAGAUCUUGCGAGGGUAUUAUGGUUAGGUGAUAUCCGUAAGAUGGAUGAUGCCGAUAUAGAACUGGAUGAGAUGGAGCUAGUUGCUGCUGCAGCUGCGUACUACUUUUAUAACAGUAUAGCUGCCCAAUCUGGCCCCACAUCUUUUCCUAGAAAAUGCAGUUUUAUGGCGGAAGCACUGAAUAAUCCAGAUGAUGCUUUCCGGGAAAUGUUUCGGAUGGAUAAGUGUGUAUUUCAUAAAUUAUGUGACAUCGCUAGGCAGAGAAACCUGCUGAGGGACACUGCAGGUGUUAUGAUAGAGGAGCAGCUGACAAUUUUCUUAAAUAUCAUUGGACAUAAUGAGCGCAACAGAGUAAUACAAGAGCGGUUUCAGCACUCUGGUGAGACCAUCAGCCGACAUUUUAAUAAUGUUUUGAAAGCAAUCAAGUCCCUAUCAAAAGAAUUCUUGGAAUGCCCACCAGACACUACUCCGCCAGAAAUCCUGAGAAGCAACAGAUAUAAUCCCUAUUUCAAGGAUUGCAUUGGUGUUGUAGAUGGAAUGCACAUUCCUGCCCAUGUACCAGCAAAAGAUCAAUCUCGGUUUCGUAAUAAGAAAGGUUUUCUAUCACAAAACGUGUUAGCAGCCUGCACAUUUGACUUGCAGUUUAUUUUUAUUUAUCCUGGUUGGGAAGGUUCAGUACCAGAUUCGCGCAUGCUAAGAGCUGUACUCGAUGAUCCCGAUCAGAAAUUUCCUCCAAUUCCUAAAGGGAAGUUUUAUCUAGUUGACAUGGGAUACGUAAACAUGGAAGGAUUUCUUGCUCCAUAUCCAGGAAUUCGGUACUACCCUUAUGAAUACAGAGGGGCUAAUCAACUACCUCGAAACGUGAAGGAGCUAUUUAAUCACCGGCAUUCAUCUCUAAGGAAUGUCAUUCAGAAAUCUUUUGAAGUACUGAGGACUCGAUUUCCCAUACUCAAGCUGGCUACUCAGUACUCGUUUCAAGUCCAGAGGGACAUAGUAAUAGCAGCAUGUGUCCUGCAUAACUACAUCAGGCGGGAGGAAAGAAAUGACUGGUUGUUUUCCAGUGUACAGGAGAUGACAGUAGAGGAGUCGCCAGAAUUUGAUGACCAACCGGAGAUGCAUUUGGGUUCGACAAUGCAAGAGCAAGUUGCUUCAUACUUACGAGAAUCAAUAGCGAUGGCAAUGUGGAACGACUUCAUGAACAAGUGGGAAGAAUGGUGAUUGCAAUAACAGGGAAUUGCUCGGUAUAUAAGCUGCUUGCGGCAUUUUAUGUUGCAAUUGCAUAGGAGUCAAUUAUCUUCAGUUACUGAUUUGAUUUGUUAGGGAGAGGCUUUGUUCAGUACGGUUUCCUUCUGUAUGUGAUCGAAAUACAAAAUAUUGAUCAUAUAGAAUAAGGUAACCUACCCCAAAUUUAAUCUGCUCAUUGGAUCCUUAACGUAGCAUUAGUUCGUUCAUUCAUUUGUUAAGAAAGCUUAUUAGCUAGCUUUCCCCGUGUGGUUGCCGGGGCACAGAAUGUUCACUUGGCCUAGGAAGGCUUUUGCGUGCUAUGGAUGUUGGUAUGACUUCAACUGCA